UUUGAAAUCAUUAUUACUCACAUCCUUGUUUCUACACCAACAAAACAACCAUGGACACCUCGUCGCCAAUGCGCUUGGGCGGAGACAAAAUCGUUGCUUGGGCCAAAGACGCCUUCGAAGCCGACUUUGAAUGCAGCGCGACGCUUGGAAAAGGUCGCUUCGGUAUUGUCAAGCAGUGCAAAGAGCUCGCCACUGGAAAAAUCUAUGCCGCCAAGUUUAUCGAGAAGCGCGGUCGCCGUAAAGGCUUUACUGUGGAGCAAGCGCGGCUGGAGGUGGACAUUCUGGCGUUGUGCUGCGGAAUGAACAGCGAGAACGCCGAGCAGACCGGCAGCUCUGCCAACGAGAUUGUAAAGCUGCACGCCGUGUACGAAUCGCGCGCACAGCUCAUCCUAGUCAUGGAUUUGGUGGAUGGCGGCGAGCUGUUUGAGUGGCUCGAAAAGUACGGUCCGCUGGGCGAGGGCCGCACGCGCCAUGUCAUCAAGCAAGUCUUGAAGGCGCUUGCAACAGUUCACGCAAAGAACAUUGUGCAUCGUGACAUCAAGCCAGAGAACGUGCUCUUGGCGACGGGCGGAUCUUGCCUGUGCGCGGGAGAGCCGUGGAUUACCCCAGCUCUCACAACCGCUCGCAUGGCAGGCUCAUCCGCCUCCACACCAACAUCCUCCCCUGCAGUCCAGCGCCGGCAAGCCCAGGCACUGCCAAGCAGCUGCGUUUGCAACAAGUGGACCGCCAAGCUGGCUGAUUUCGGCAUGGCUCGCUUUGCCAGCAACGCUCCUCGCGAUCUCGUUGGCACUCCGGCGUACUCGAGCCCGGAAGUCAUUCGCUUUGAGGCAGCCGGCACUGCAUCCGACAUGUGGAGUCUUGGAGUCGUGACGUAUGUGCUGAUGACUGGCGUGUCGCCAUUCCAGGGCGACUCGGAGAACGACACGUAUGCCAACGUGACGAAAGGCUACCUCGAGUUCCCCACAGAGCUGUUUGGUGGCGCGACGGAACAUGCCGUUCGCUUCAUCAAGGCGCUUUUGCAACGCAAUCCGGCCCGCCGUCUUUCUGCCGAGGCGGCGUUGGCCCAUCCUUGGUUUGACGCAGAGCUUCCGCGACCCAAGGCCAUGAACUCGUCUCUCAACGAGGCAAUGAUGGCGGCGGUCAUCCCGUUGCCUGCAUCUCCCAUCAAGACCAUCCUCGAGGAGGCUAUGGAGUGCGAGCUGCCUGAAUCCAACCCCAAUUCGCCAACGAUUCUAUCGCCGCGCUCAAUGCCGCUUCCAUUCUCUCCGCUCAUCUCAUCGCCAUUUGCCUCACCAAGUGCAUCGCCGAGGAUUCUGGGCAAAACCCACUCUCCGCAAACUCAGCGUGCUAGCACACCGAAUUCUCCGGCAUCACCAAGAAUCAGGCACCACCAUCGCGCAGGAGUUACCAACAGUUCGACUUCAUCGCCGACGCUCGUGUAUGCCGCCAAGCGUCGCCUGUCUCAAACUCUCCGACACGAGGGUUCUCCCAAGACCAUCGUCGCAGGGCGAUCUCACGACGCUGUUGAUGAAAAUGAUAUUCCUGUGGAGCAGCAGCAGCAGCAGCAGCAGCAGCAGCAGCAGCUGUAG